AUGAAACAGUUCGUUGUGCUCGCUAGUGUGUGCUGUGUCCUGCUGGCAGGACGCGUCGUCCUGUCUGCUCCGGCUCCGCAGCAGGGCAACGAUGUGCAAGUCGUGCGAAGCUUCAGCGAAAAUAACGGUGUCGAUGGGUACAAGUUCACGUACGAGCUGAGUGAUGGACAGAUCCGCUCGGAAGUCGGCACCUACCGGGAUGUGAAGGAUGCCGAGGGCAAGGACGUAAAGUCGCUGUUUGUGCAGGGCUCGUACUCGUUCGUUGGUCCCGAUGGUCAGACGUACUGGGUGAACUACACCGCUGAUGAGAACGGCUAUCAUCCGAAGGUUGGCACUGGACCUACGGGAGGAAUUCAACCCGGACAGGACGCACCGAUCGCCUAAGGAGGAGAGCAAGCGAUCCGAAAUUCCGUCGCGAGAUUGAGUCAUCUCUGGGAACUUCGUGCACAUGCGAUGGCGCAUGCAAAGUCAAGUGGCAUUCUACUUCUAGGCUUAAGGAUAGAUCGAUGUAAAUACGAUGCUUCACGUUCCUU